AGUGCAGCAUCCCAGCUCACAUACCCCCACCUACACCUGCAGGUUCCAGAGAACUACUUCUAUGUACCCGACCUGGGCCAAGUGCCCGAGAUUGACGUGCCACGCUUUCUGCCUGACCUGCCAGGCAUCGCUGAUGACCUCAUGUACAGUGCUGAUCUGGGCCCUGGCAUUGCCCCCUCCGCACCAGGCACCAUCCCUGAGCUGCCUGCCUUCCACACAGAGGUGGCCGAGCCUUUCCAGCCGGGCCUAGAAGAUGGGGUGUUAAUGGCACCACCACCGCCACCACCCUCGCCACCACCUCUCCUGGCUCCAGCUGCGCUGGUCAGCCCUGCCCUGCCCCCGCCCCUGCCCCCACUGCAGAUGGCAGGUGCCUCUCCCAGUCAAGAUGCCCAGGAGGCUGACGGCAGCUUGUCUCCUGCAGCUCCCGUCCAGGGAGCUCCCAAGGAAGUGGUGGACCCCUCCAGUGGCCGGGCCACUCUGUUGGAGUCUAUCCGCCAGGCUGGUGGCAUUGGCAAGGCCAAGCUCCGCAGCGUCAAGGAGCACAAGCUAGAGAAGAAGAAACAGAAGGAGCAGGAGCAAGUGAGAACCACAGGCCAAGGUGGGGACCUGAUGUUGGAUCUCUUUAACAAGCUGGUCCUGAGGCGCAAAGGCAUCUCUGGGAAAGGACCUGGGACCGGGGCCAGUGAGGGACCAGGAGGAGCCUUCGCUCGAAUGUCAGACUCCAUCCCGCCUCUGCCUCCCCCACAGCAGCCACCCGGAGAGGCAGACGAAGAUGACUGGGAAUCCUAGGGGCUCAGCAGCUCCUUCUCCCCACAGCCAGGCUGAGGCUCCUGCCCUCACAUGGAAACAGCUGGGAUGGGCCCCUUGGCCUGCAGGUCUCUCAGCCCCCGCUGCCCUUGGAGGGACGCGGAUCAUGGAGGACUCCCCCGGGUCUGUGGCCGGGCCGUCUUCAAGGAGCGGGGCGGCUGGCUUCUGAGGGGUGGGAGGGGGGCCCUUGCUCCCUGCCUGUGCUCCCCCCACCUCCUUCACUGGUGAGCUCUACUCUUCCCUGAGACUUGAGAUACAGCAGUACACGAAUCAAUAAAAAUAGAAAGCAGAACUGAGC